AUUGUACGUGGUUAUAUUCCCUUAUGAAACGAACUCUUUAAAUAUAAAGUUAGCUUUGCUAUAACAACGUGUAUGGCGGUUUCUUGACAAAUUGAAAUCAGUUUAAGACGAGUAGAAAACGUGUGUUUUAUAUUAAAUUUGAAUUUGGUUGACACAAAAGAUUCAAGAUGAAUAUUGACGGAGGAGGUUUUGGUGAUCUGCUACAGCAGGCUGAACAAAUGACUGCUGAGCUUGAUAUUGGGAUGGACCUUCCCAGAGUAGAACGUAAUCCACGCCAGAUUCUUAAAGAAUGUCAAACCCUCCUCUCACAAGUAGCUCCUGUAAACAAGGAAACAAUGAAAGUAAAAGCUUCUCUUGUACUUGGGAGCCAAGGAUAUGAUGUCUCAAAGGUGUCUCAACGUCUUGAUACUCUGACUGCUAAGAAGGCAUUUGAACCCCUUGAACCUGUACGAGACACUGAUAUUGAGGGAUUCCUUAAGAAUGAACGGGAGAAUGCUUUACUUACCGUUAUCGAGAACGCUCGAAAAAAUACUUUAGAGACCUGUGAACAAAGACUGUGGGGAUCAAUGGAAGAAGAGUGGGAACGAGAAAAGCAGAAAAUGUUGAAUGCUUUGUUAGGAACAGGACACCAAAUGUUGGAUUAUUCUCAGGAAACUGAGCAAAGUCUUUUAUCGGAUGCCAUUAGCAUGCAAGGACGUAGUGCUUUGAACAAUGUAGAAAUGGCUUAUGCUAGUCAGGUUUAUAUAUAUAACAAAAAAGUCCUUGAAGGUGGCAUUCGUCUGAGUUUGCAGGAUUUAUUCAUGGAAGCUGCUAAUUCCUUAGGAGAUAAGCUGGUAAUCGAUAAAUUGUGGUCUAUGGUUGAAUUCAUGGUAAAUGUUCCAAUGGUAACAUCUAGUGCUGGUCCACCACGACAGGAUAAGAAACUGCUCCAAGCAUUUGUAGGCCAAGCUAGAAAAUACCUUGAACACAUGUAUGUAAAAUAUGUCACAACUAUGGUGUACGAGAAUUUAUACAAGGCUAAGCGUGGAGGCAAACCUGGUACCUACAGUUUGAUAAGGAGUUUCUUGAAUGUUAAAUACCCUACACCAAUGCGAGGAGAAGAUGGAUUGUUAGAUGGUCAUCCAGUCUGGGCUGUGAUUUACUAUUGUCUCCGUUGCGGUGACUUAGAUGCAGUUCAGGAAGUUGUUAACAAAAGUAGUCAGCAGUUAAAAGAUUUCCCAGAAAUUAUUACAGAAUAUAUGAAGAAUGACAGAAGCCUUGGGCCAAGCACACAGACCAAAGUUCGUCAUUAUUACCGCAGAACCAUCAAAAAUAGCUCUGACCCUUACAAAAGAGCUGUGUACAGUGUUAUCAGCCAGUCAGAUCCAUUAGAAGCACAUGCAGAGAUUGCAGAUAAAACAGAAGAUUACCUAUGGUUGAAGCUUUGCCAGAUCCAGUUUGAAGUGGAUCCAUCUGGCCAAGAUCAAUACACACUCCAGAAACUACAGUCUUUAUUGUAUGAAGAAUAUGGUGAAAGCCACUUUAACGCCUACCAACAACCAUACCUCUAUUUCCAAGUAUUGUUCCUUACGUGUCAGUUUGAAGCUGCUCUUGAGUUCCUCUCUCGUAUCGAUGCUCUACGUUGUCAUGCUGUCCAUGUUGCUUUAGUAUUGUUUGAACUGAAACUGUUACUGCUUCCAUCCUCAACACAAGUCGCUCUCUUAACUCAAGAUCCUGCAGAUCCAUCACCACAACGCCGACUGAACUUUGCUCGUCUCGUCAUGAUGUACACACGAAAGUUUGAAGCCACAGAUCCACGAGAAGCUCUCCAAUAUUUCUUUUUCUUGCGGAAUAUAAAGUCUUCCACUGAAGGAAACCUUUUCAUGUCUUGUGUGACAGAACUUAUUUUUGAAACUAAAGAGUUUGAAAUGAUGCUGGGUAAACUCAAUCAAGAUGGUAUUCGUCUGCCUGGAGCAAUCGACAAAUUUCAAGCUGACAGUGAAGACAUCAUAAAAUUAGUGGCAAAAAGUACCCAGGAUAAAGGUUUCUUUGAAGAAGCUGUUAAAUUAUAUGACUUAGCACAUUCACAUGAUCAAGUGAUGAUUUUAUUAAACAAACUGCUGAGUGAUGUUGUUUCCCAACCUAAUUUACCACAGUCCAACCGAGAAAGACUCCGAGCUUUGGCAUUAGACAUUGCCCAACGAUACCAGUCACUUGGACAUAAUGCAACAAGGGAUAAUACCAAUACUUUCUUCCUCAUGUUAGACUUGAUGACCUUUUUUGACCAAUAUCACAGUGGUAACCUCUCUGGUGCCUUGGAGGUGAUUGGAAAAUUGAAAGUUGUUCCGUUAGAAGUUGAUUGUGUAAAAGACAGCAUCACCAAUUUCAAUUAUUUCUCAGAUGAGAUUCGCAAAUGUUUACCAGAUAUCCUAUUAGCCACAAUGCAAAUCCUUAAUGCCAUUUACCGACAAACAAGAAAGUCUUUUCCUCAAAGUCCAGGACCAAUCAAAGCUAUGGGAAGUGGUCAGGAAGCUAGUUUAAAUCAGUUGAGAAGUAAAGCAAAAGCUCUGAUUAUGUUUGUUGGAAUGUUACCAUAUCGACUGCCGGGAGAUACAAAUGCUCGCUUGGUUCAGUUAGAAGUGCAGAUGAACUAAAGUGAAACGCCCAGAUUUGUUGAUCUUGGAGGAAUGUAAUCUGGAAAGACUUCUAAAUUCUUUCCACACAUUUGUAUUUGUAAAGAGGAGGGAAACUGUAUGAAAAAAUUUUUUACGUAUUAAAACAACCAAUUAAAAGUAAUAAAUCAUAUAUAAUACAAUAUAUAUAUGUCUUUGUAA